CCAGUUUGCUGCGCCUGUAAGAUUAUGCACGGUUGAUACAGAAUAUCUACAUUUCUUCUUGAAAAUUUUUGUCAACUUCCUGAAAAUGAAUUCUUUCAAUAACAAGACACCGGCAUAUAUGUAUGCCAAAGGUUUCAAGCUUGACAAAUUUCUUGGAAAUUUACAGGCUUACAAAAUUGCUACAGGCCAAGUAAACAAGAAUGAACUAAAGAAUGUUUCUGAAAGAUUUGGAUCUGACGAAGGUGCAGUGUUUGGAACUCUUAUUACAAAUGCCUCUAAAAGCUCCAAAAUUGAAGGUAAGAAGAGGCAAUCACCAGCAAGAAGAAGAAGGAGGAAAAGAGGAAAGCAAAACAAUGGAGAAGGGGAUGAAGAACAUCCUGAUCCCUCUGUGUCAAAGUCAAAUUCAGGAUCUCUUCCUUUGACUUUAGAUGAACCACUUACCAUUCCACCAGCACUGUUGGCAUACAAAGACUGUGGCUCCUCAGAUGAUGGUGACAAUGAUUCUAAAAAUGCACAGAUGGAUGGAUAUUCUUCAUCUACAACCAAUGAGAGUGAUGACUCCGAUGAGGGUGAAACAGACUUUUUUGGACUGAAUUCCAACGAAAAGGAAAUCAAAAGCUCAAAAUCUAAAACUUCCUCGGAAACAUACUGUGAAAGAUCAAGUAGAUACACAAGAGCAAAGGAGGAAAAAAGGCAGCUGAAUCAAACCAGUUAUACAGAAAAUAAGCCAGAGAUGUGGGAUAAAACAAAGCUUAAAUACAAAGAACAAAUCAGUACCUUAUCAACCUACAAGUGUUGGAGAUGCAGACGGGUUGGUCACCUCCCACAAGACUGUACAGUGAAGACUGUCAGCUCAACAGUUGAAUUUGCAAGGCAGCAAAAUGAAUUUUUAUACAGUUGCAGUGAUACUCUACAGAAACCUUCAGAGGGGCCGUAUGACUCCAGCCGAUUAAAAGAGUAUUACAAAAGAUGUCACAUGCUUCGCGAAUCCAAAGAUGCAAAGUGUAGUGACUGUGGCGUGAGGUCAAACCUGGCGUACUGUUUUGAGUGUGGAUUAAUUUUAUGCGACGGCCGCGGACAUCUUAUCGAUCAUCUAAUGGAGUAUCCCAGCCAUACGAAACUUUACUCCUACAAACUUCAGAGACAGAUUAAAUGCUGUAAAUCAACUUGUGAGGUGAUGGACGCCACCCAGCUGUUAAUGUGUUCUUCAUGUCUCGACAGAGUGUUUACAAGUCAUUACUCCAUGAUUAACGCAACCUGGUCUAGGACUGGACUAAAAGCGCUCCCUAAUACUCUCGCAUGUGAGCAGCAUUUUCAUUGGCACCGAAUGAAUUGUGCUAAUCCUACUGGAGAGGCCCUGGUAACGAGGGAAAAACUGGAGAAUAGUAGGGCGAGAGGCGACGGACUCCUCAGUGAAUUUUAUUUUUAAUCAUAUCGGUAAUAAAGUCUUACUCCUCAAGUCUUUGUAUUUUGCGUAUAAGCUUUCUUGUUUAUGUUCAGCAUAUCCUGUAAAAUUGUCCCAAAUCGCUGCCAUUGCUUUAAGAUGUCUACUUGAGUUCUCUUUUGCUUGGUGCGGGUUCUUUCGUCGUUCAUUAAUGACUUCCGCUCAAGUUAUGCAAACGCCAGUUCUUGUCAUCCACAGCAGUUCCUAAAUCUUCAGGACUGUCUCACUCAUCUGGUCUUACCACGCAAUCCGAUGCGCACAACCCCCUAGCCCCAUACCCUGCUACCCGUUCAAACCAUUAACUGUAUUAUCACAAGUCUUACUAUAAAUUAAAAUUUGGAAGAAAAAAAAAGAAAACAGACGAGUCCAGAAGAAAUGAAAGCAGGUGACAAAAAGGUGAGAAUUGUCACGUUUCAGCCAUUUUUCCUUUCUUUAGUGUGAACUGGGUAAACAUCGCAGGUGCUUCCAAUUCUCAAGUGUCAUCUUUACGCAUAAUUCGUUAUUGUAACAAUGUAUUACAAUCUCCGUGAACGUAUGAUUAUAAGUCUUUUCUCAGUCUGUAUUUGCUUUUGUUUCAGUUCAAUUCGUAAGCUAUGCUCUCGCUAAGCUUUUCGAUUAAAGGAAGAAGAAAACAAAAACACUUGGAAAACUUGGUCACAUGAGUUUAAUUAGGCAGGUUGUUCGAACAGCUGUAAGUGCUCUGCAGCGUAUACUCUAACGAAUUACCCAAAAACUUUGUUACUAGAUAGGCAAUGCUUGUGAUGGCAUGAAGUAUCUCUAGAGAGUUAAGGAGUUAAUUGUUUUCGUAACACAUUACAGUAUCUAUUUUUUGCGUUUAGUGAGAAAGGAUGUAGCA